UCUUAUCAACACUCUCAAAGAUGGCGGAGGGUACGAUAAUGGUGAUCAAAGUUGAUCUAAAGUGCUGCAAAUGCUACAAGAAAAUCAAGAAAAUACUGUGUAAAAUCCCCCAAAUACAAGAUCAAGUUUACGAUGAGAAGAAAAACACAGUUACGAUAAAAGUGGCGUGUUGCUGCUGCCCUCAAAAAAUGAUGCAAAAGAUCCGCUGCAAGGGCGGUAAGUCAAUCAUAAGUAUAGAAAUCAAACCGCCUAAGAAACCUGAAAAGCCUAAAGAGAAACCACCCGCACCCGCACCAGCACCCACACCCGCACCAGCACCAGCACCCGCGCCGGCGCCGGAGCCAGCACCAGCACCACCACCAGUGAAAGAGGAGCCACCUACUAAAGUUGUUAUUAAACAACCACCACAUCAGCCACCCAAGACACCGAUAUUGGUCUGUACGCCGGGCCAUGCCUACCCAAUCCCGUUUGGGGAGUGUUGCAGGGAGUGCUCCGAGGGGCGGAGAGGGGGGCCAUGUGAACAGCUUGCUUAUGGGAGACCUCCAUGUUAUGGUGGCUAUUAUGGAAGGCCAGUUUGUGAUAGUUGGGGUGGUGGCUGCGAUUGUGGUUGCAACAGGGGUUAUUAUUGCAGGAAUCGUUGUGGCUAUUACUAUUAUUGUGAAGAAAACCCUUCAUCUUGCUCGAUUAUGUAA